UAGCCUACCAGAUCGCGGUUUCAUGGCGCUGCUGAGACCAACCCAAUUCUUUCAGAUCCACUAGACUUGAGGUCAAUCGAUUGGUCGUAAUUUAAACAUGAGCUGCUAGCUCCUGUAAUUCGCAACUAGCAGAGGGAGCUAGCUAACUAAACAGUGAACAAGAUGGCGACGGUUAGAGGUGUUAAGAACAUGUAUGGGAUCUGUUCUCAUGCAAUCCGUCAAACGACUGGAUUGAAAGCAGCAAAGCUCCUUCAGCAGAGGGCGUUCAGAGUCAAUGGAGCGCUCAGACAGCAGCCGUUUGACUCCUCAGAAGAGAAGCCCCAGUUCCCCGGAGCGUCAGCGGAGUUUAUUGAUCACCUGGAGUUCAUCCAACCUAAUGUGAUCUCUGGGAUCCCCAUCUACAGGGUCAUGGACCGGGCCGGGAAGAUCAUUAACCCCACAGAGGACCCACAGCUCUCCAAGGAGACAGUGUUGAACUUCUACCAGAAGAUGACCCUUCUGAACACCAUGGACCGGAUCCUCUAUGAAUCUCAGAGGCAGGGUCGUAUAUCCUUCUAUAUGACUAACUAUGGAGAGGAGGGAACACACAUCGGCAGCGCUGCAGCUCUCGACCCAAGGGACUUGGUGUUUGGCCAGUACAGGGAAGCAGGCGUGCUGAUGUACCGUGGUUUCCCCCUGGACCUGUUCAUGGCACAGUGCUAUGCCAACGUUGACGACCUGGGCAAGGGUCGCCAGAUGCCCGUCCACUACGGCAGCAAAGACCUCAACUUCGUCACCAUCUCCUCUCCUCUGGCCACCCAGAUCCCACAGGCGGCGGGGGCAGCGUAUGCAGUGAAGAGAGAGAACACCAACCGUGCUGUGAUCUGUUACUUCGGAGAGGGCGCGGCCAGCGAGGGCGACGCUCACGCCGGGUUCAACUUCUCUGCCACCCUGGAGUGCCCGCUCAUCUUCUUCUGCCGUAACAACGGCUACGCCAUCUCCACGCCGACCAACGAGCAGUACCGGGGGGACGGCAUCGCCGCCCGCGGUCCAGGCUACGGUAUGAUGUCUAUCAGAGUGGACGGUAACGACGUGUUCGCUGUGUACAAUGCUACCAAGGAAGCUCGCCGCAGGGCUGUGGCCGAGAACCAGCCCUUCCUCAUUGAGGCCAUGACCUACAGGAUUGGUCACCACAGCACCAGCGACGACAGCUCGGCCUACCGCUCCGUAGAUGAGGUGAACUACUGGGACAAGCAGGACCACCCCAUCUCCCGGCUGCGCCACUACAUGACGGCCCGCUCCUGGUGGUCCGAGGAAGAUGAGAGGAGCUGGAGGAAGCAGAGCCGUAAGAUGGUGAUGGAGGCGUUUGAGAAGGCCGAGAAGAGGCACAAGCCCCACCCUGACCUGAUGUUCUCUGAUGUGUAUGAAGAGAUGACCCCUAACCUGGUCAAGCAGAAGGAGGCCAUGUGGAGACACGUCCAGCAGUACAAAGAGCACUAUCCCCUGGACGCCUACGCCAAGUAAACACCUCCACCACCACCACAGGGGGGGAUACUACAAAGCAGGAUCAAUGAGUUAGCCAGCUAACUUUGAUGAGCAACUUUUUAUUUUCUGGUUUAUUAAAAAAAAAGCUAAACUUUGGGUAUUUGUUUUUUGUUUGUUGAAUCAAUUAGAUCAUGCCCAUUUCAAGCUUAUCUUUCUAAAAAAAUAUAUAUAAAAAAUGUAUCAGAAUAUUUAGGCCCGCUUUGUAUUCUACUGUAUAGAGUUAUAGUUCUGAUGUUCUGACCAGGCUGCAAUUCUACUGCUUUCUGCAGAGUAGUGGGAGGGAGGAGGAAGGAGGAAAAUGUUCAUUGUUUUGUUCCACCUGUCCAUCAACCACUAUGGGCCUCUGGUUUUUGUGCCUUGAAUGAAUGAGAGAGUCUGACGCAGUUUUCCCCACCCGUGUACUGUGUUAAACAGGAUGAUCAAGAUUUUCCUGCUCGCUCAACAAGUCACGAGUCACCAGCAUUUAUCAGUCUACAGGAGUCUUGCCGGUGAGCAAAAGGCAUUUUUGCACACUGGUUAGUAGUUCCUGAGAUUAUCAGUACGUAUUGCAUCUGUAUCUGAGUGAAGCAUGCUGUGGGAACCAUCUAUCUACCCAUCUCAUCUCCUAUACCAGUGGUGUUCUCAUGCUGUACCUUUUAUGUUUCACCCAUUUCCUUUAAAAUCCUCCUUUCUGUGCGACGGUUAUUACGCAAUACUGUAGACUGCCACUCUCCUCUUGAUAUGGAUAGUUUUCUAGCUGUUGGUACUGGGUCUAUGGCUGAGGUGUAUUUUAAAGUAGACGCCCCAAAAUGUGGGUGUACAGGUUUGUGUGCUGUCACUGAAUAAUCGUCUAGAACACAGAUGACUGAUCAUUUGAGGGAACAGAACACGGAGCCUGUCACUAAUACUGUUUGUAAUGUUCUGAGUUUUGUUGAUUCCAACAUGUCUAAAAAAUAAAAAGAUGCUGUGGAGACAAA